GCAGGCUGCGCUCGUUCACAGCAACGUUGCUGCUUGUAUUUGCAGCAGCGCUCUCUGCUGCCAUUUCCCUUCUCUCUGUGCCCCCCCUCCCUCUCUCCACAUACAUACAUAUAUAUAUAUAUAUUUGUGAAGGCUGCGAAACAGUGCACACUCUUUAAAGAACAAAGCAAUAGGGUUUGUGAGACGCCGACUUUUUAAAAUGGCUUCGACGCUAUUCACCGACUGCUGGUGUUCGUCGUCGUCGUCGUCGGCAACUGCCAAUCGAUUUGUGCCUUUUCACAAAUUCGAAGACGGCCUCCUCCGUUCUCGCCAUAUCCGAUUUGCAACCACGACCAAUCCUUGCCGUCUCAGAAUCGACGCCUCCGCCUCCGCCGCCGCCGCCGCCUCAGGUUCUCCAUCUGCUGCAGUGGCUGCUGAAACAACUGCAAAAAUCAUUGAUGGAAAAUCUAUUGCAAAGCAAAUCAAAGAUGAGAUAGCUGCUGAGAUAUCAAGGAUGAAGGAUGCUAUUGGUGUUGUUCCAGGAUUAGCUGUUGUAUUAGUUGGUGAUAGGAAAGAUUCUGCAACAUAUGUACGCAACAAGAAAAAAUCUUGUGAGCUUGUGGGGAUCAAUUCUUAUGAAGUGCAUUUGCCAGAGGAUUCCACCGAACAGGAAGUGCUCAAGUAUAUCUCAGGUUUCAAUGAUGAUCCUGCAGUGCACGGCAUUCUUGUUCAGUUACCUCUGCCUGCUCAUAUGAAUGAGCAGAACAUCUUAAAUGCUGUUCACAUUGAGAAAGAUGUGGAUGGAUUCCACCCGGUGAACAUUGGUCGUCUUGCCAUGCGCGGUAGAGAACCCUUGUUUGUUCCAUGUACACCUAAAGGCUGCAUAGAGUUGUUGCACAGAUAUGGAGUGGAUAUCAAGGGAAAGAGGGCUGUUGUGAUUGGCAGGAGCAACAUCGUUGGAAUGCCAGCCGCUCUCUUAUUGCAAAGGGAAGAUGCUACUGUCAGUGUUGUCCACUCCAGAACCAAGAAUCCUGAGGAUAUCGCCAGAGAAGCAGAUAUAAUGAUUUCUGCUGUAGGACAGCCGAACAUGGUGAGGGGCAACUGGAUAAAGCCCGGUGCAGUUGUUAUUGACGUUGGAAUUAAUCCAGUUGAGGAUACAAAUAGCCCACGGGGUUAUCGUCUGGUUGGAGAUGUGUGUUACGAGGAAGCUUGCAAGAUUGCUUCAGCUGUUACUCCAGUCCCGGGGGGAGUGGGUCCAAUGACCAUAGCUAUGCUACUGUCCAAUACGCUCGCCUCAGCAAAGAGAAUGCAUAACUUCAAGUGAGGUUUUUUGUUUUGCCAUCUCGUCAUAUAAUUAUUAGGGGUACACUAUUAUUAUUAUUAUUAUUAUAUAGUUUUACCCGCAUACAGAUACAGUUGAGCUUCCCCGCUUAAGCAAAUGUUUCAGUUUUUGAGCUUUUCAUAGAUAUUAUGGGAGGAAUAGUUUGGAGACAGGAAAAUUUUUAUAAGAUUGGUAGUUAGUAGUAGGAUACUGCUUCUGCUUCUGCUUCUGCUGCUGUUAUGCUGCCAACAGGGCUACAAUUCGACUGCACAUGUGAUGAGGUGAGCGCGUUUACUGAAGAGGACCUCAUGUGGUGUGGGGAAUGAUGACUAAUCCCUUUUCACAUGAGGGAUAAAUUUGUAUUUGAAAAAUAUUAUUUAGACACUAAGUUUGACAUUAGCAGUGGCAUUCUAUAUUAAUAGUACAAGAUGUAAAUGUCAAACUUAAAAGUGCUUAAAUAGUAUUUUUGGUUUGUGUUUUAUGCA